ACUUCUCUCAGCUCUUAGUUUUCCCCAUACUCUCACCCUCACUCUCACUCUCUCUCUGUCUGAAGAAGAAGAAGAAGAAAUUAACACGACAAUGGCGGCUGAUCUUCUGUUUACAGAAGAAGAGAUGGCAAUUGACGAAGGACUCGGGUACCCAAAAGCCUAUGGGAAGCUCUGUAGAGAUCGGGGUUUCGGUCCGUACAUCCAUGGCCCUCCUUUCACUUUCACUCCCUAUGCUCUCCAACAGAACGAGGCUACGAGAGUGGGAGAACUCGAGGAGAUGUUCCCGAUUAUUGACCCGAAAGCAAAACCCACUGCCAAGCCCAAGAUUUUUGUCAGUCUUCUGUGGAAGCAACUUAACCACCUUGGGAAUGCUGGAUUCGACCCUGCAACUUUUCGGGUUGACCCGUAUGGCAAUGUCCUCUAUUACCAUGCUGAUUCAGCUUCGCCUCUUGCUUGGGACAUUGAUCAUUGGUUUCCUUGCUCAAGAGGAGGAUUAACAGUUCCAAGCAAUCUAAGGAUACUACAGUGGCAAGUAUGCAAGAAGAAGCUUAACAAGCUUGAAUUUCUCAUUCCCUGGUGGGAUCUUCAAUUGGGUAUCUCCAUAAACCAGUUCUUGUCAAUCUUUGCUUCUUCAAACUCUGAUUUCAGGCAUAGGGCAUUUUCUAUGUUGUUUUCCGAGGGAGAAAGCGAAGAACUAAAUGCUUCACUGACAGUGGACUCACAUAUGUUCCCACAACAUUAUAUUGAGUCAAAAGAAAAAAUAGGACUUGCCCCAGCUGCUAUUGUUUUAUCUAGGAGAGAAUCUUAUGAGGCUUCAUCAGUUCUGAAAUCCCUUGAUGUCAAUAGAAGACCAAGGUCAAAUUCCCCCAUAGUUGCUGUGAGGAAAUCGAAAACAAGUUCGUUGAAAGAGAAUGAGAACCCGGACAUGGUUUCCAACCCAUAUCAGGCCAUUGUCAUGGCCAGAGAUUCUUUGAGGCAGAGAGAAGAAAGUGGAAAGAUGCAUGGAGAAAUUCAGAAAUUGGAUGAUGAAGUGAAUGAACUGAAGCAAAAGACUGAAGAGGAGAAAGUUUCCAUACAAGAGCUAGAGUUGGUGCUCAUAAAACGAAGACGUAGGGCUGAAAAGUGUCGUCGGCUGGCUGAGGCACAGUCUUCGUAUAGGGCAAUGCUGGAGAAGAUGAUUCGCGAUGCCAUGCACCAGAGUGUCAUUUACAAGGAACAGUUGAGGUUGAACCAGGCAGCAGCUAAUGCCCUAAUGGCAAGACUCGAAGCUCAGAAAGCAAUUUGCGAUUCGUCAGAGAAAGAACUCCACAGAAAGUUCAAACAAAGAGAUGAGCUAGAGAAACUGGUAAGGCCAGGAGGGGAGCAUGCGAGGAAGAGAUCAAGAAUGGACGAUAUAGCACUUGACGAGAAAGAUGACGAGACAAAUGUUUUGUACUUACCAGUAAGCAAACCAAGGACACAUUUACAGAAGGAAAUCACUGAUGCUUUCAUGGAAGAGAGACACGAAAGGGCACUCAUUUAUUUGCCGGGAAACAAGUCAAGGACCUCUUUGCACAAGGAACUUAGGGUGUUUUUGGAAGAGGAGCAGAAAUUAUCAGAAGCAGGGUUAUCAGCAAAUGAAGAGCAAAAACAGGAUGAAAUUGGCAAUGAAUGUGGCAAAGGCAUAGUUGCUGCAGAGGAGGAAAAUGAGGCCAAAAUUCAAGAGCUAAAAACAGGAGAGCAGAGGGAGAUACUGAGACUUCAAUUUCCAGGCACCCGUGAAUCUGAAAGAGAGGAGGAUGAAGAGAGCAGAAGGCAGCGCGGAAAAGGCAAUAUAGAGAAGUGGAUUCAGAUGUUGUGGGAGGAGAAUACUCCGGAAGGAGAUACUGAUGAAAAUCCUCAACAUUUCGAUGACAAUGACAACAGCAAGACUGACGAAAUAAUCAGAAAGCUAAAUCUCAAAUACCCACCGCCAGACAUUAAGGUUGUAGCUUUGAAACAGGAUGAAAAACAAGAUAGAGGGAAAAGUGAAGAGAAGAGAGUUCACUUUGAAGAUAGAACUACACCCAUUAAAACCCCUCCUUACAAAAUAUUGAAAGAGAAAAGCAAAGUGAAUGAAGAGUUGGGUAUUGCUGGUAAAGGAAGAGAAGAAGAAAGAAGGAGCAGCUUUGAAGUGCCUGAGAAAAAGGAGAGGGAUGGGAAGGAAAAAGGAGGAGAAGAAAGUAGGACCAGUUUUGAAGUGCAAGAGAAAAAGGAGAGGAAUGCGAAGGAAAAAGGGCUUGCGAGGUCCGACAGUUUUAGGGCGUUUAGGCGAAUCCCUUCUUCUCCGUCUUUGAUUCUAGGUAUGAGAAAGGGAGUGGAUUGCAUUAGCAAGAAGCCGUCAGUAAUUGGUGAUGAGGACUGUGAUGAGGAUCUUGCAGCGGGAAAUAACUUCAUUAGGUCAUCCAUCAAGACUAUUAAGAAAGCAGUCAAGAUAUGAACUUUAGCUACAGCUUGUCGUAUGAUUUUGUUUAUACCCAAUAUCUUCAUUUUUAUGAUCAUAUUUGGUUUAGAGAGUGUUAGUUUACAGCUAUUUCAGCUGAAUAAUUGUGUGAGAUUUAGGUUUUCUGGGCGUGAUUUGUGUAUUAUAAGAGCUUCGUUUGUGUACUAGAUAUGCAAUAACAGCUAGUUAUUUGAUCC